AUGGCGACUCGUGGACGCGAUCGCGAGCGAGGAAGAGGUAGACUAGGAAAUGCAAACCCUAAAACAGUGGGAAACAACCCUGUGAACUUCAUGGCCACCCUGGAAAACAUGGCUGCGGCUAUGCAGGCGACAGCCGAAGCGUUAGGAAAUCAAGCGAACCAUGAAAAUGGCGAUAAUGGUGGAAAUGGGCCAACGACGCUUGCCACUUUUCUAAAGAUACAUCCACUGAUAUUCGGAGGAACCACGAACCCUACUGAGUAUUGGUGGCAAGGAACGCGACGCCUUCUGCAGCAGGGUGACGCUGCUAUACCUUGGAAUACAUUUCGGACUAAGUUUUACAAAAAAUACUUCCCCAAUUCGGUUAGAACAGCUAAGGAACUCGAACUACUGCAGCUGAAGCUGGGUCAGAUGACUGUCACUGAGUACAUGAACAUGUUUGAGGAACUGUGCCAAUUCUCCAGAAUUUGUCAAGGAGCUCCAGGAGGCUUUGAGGAAUGGAAGUGUAUCAAAUAUGAAGAAGGACUCCGGAGUGAUAUAUUGAGUUCUGUGGGCCCGAUGGAGAUCAGAAUUUUCUCAGACCUGGUAAACAAGAGUAAGGUCGCAGAAAAAUGUCUAAGAAAGGCUGCUAUGGUAGAAAAUGACCACCAGGAGAGUUACCGAAAGGAGUAUAACCCGAAUUUAACCCCAAGGAACCAAGAGUUUAAGAGGAAUGGUUACAGACCUCGACCCUUCCAGGGUUGGAAUAGUCAUGAGGAAGGUGGCAGCCGUCAGGGGAAUGGAGAAGGGAAGCAGGGGAGGAAAUACUCAGAGGACUUGAGGUGCCGAAUGUGCGGGAAUUUCCAUCUAGAUAGGCCAUGUCUGCUGGGUUCAGGGUUAUGUUUUACAUGUAGGAAAAAGGGGCACAAGUCUUGGAAUUGCCCGGGAAAGGGGAGAAGAAGGUAG